AUGGCGAAGAGCUCAACUUUGCUCGCCCUUCUCGAGGCGGAAAAUGAGCCCACACCAAAGUUCUACAACGAAGCCGUCAAUGACACCAUGAAAAACGCUAAACAGAUCAGCUACCUGGCAGAGGACAGCGUUCGAGACGGUGUCUCGAUACUGCUUACAACCCGCAGCCACCGCUUGGCCCACUUUUUCUCCUGCCUACGCUCCUUUGUGCGACCAAUGGCCAAAUCUCUGACUGCAGGCAAUAUUGCGGCGGAGACGGUCAUCCUGCUAGUUUGCAUACUCCCUGACCUUUACCAGCUCCUGGAGUCUACAGAGGCACUGGAAUUUCUGGUCCCUGCUCUUGAUGUCUGCUUUGGUUCAAUCCAGCGUCCGGCACUACGAGAAUUGGCCUCAGUGCUUGCCGAAGCUGGCUCGUUGUUGGAAUACUUAUCCUCUGAUCGCCUCGGCAGUGAGAUUCUACGACAAUGGGCUUGCACACCAGGCCCGCUCACCCUCGACGCUCAGACCCUUGAGACAUGGACCCAAAGAUUCAUCAAAAUGGUCUGUUCUUGUAGGAAAGACCAUGACGUUGGGCACGCAAUUCAGCAAUGGAGCAGCCUGAAAGUUCUGAAAACCUCCCUUCAGAGCAUAAACACUCAUAUAAAGCAUUCUAAAGACGGCUCCAACGGCUCAUCACUGGUGGCUCGACACAAGCUUUUGCCGCUUGGCAAAAUGACCCAACUUAGCAAGGAAGACAAGAAAACUCGUCUCGCCAAGCGCCAAAACUACAACACCUCUCUCCCACCUAUUCCUGAUCACGUCAAGGAAUCCUUGAAAGCUAUUGAUCUACAAAUCCCAGGCUCGAUAGAAUCGCUCCUAGACGUCAUCAAGCGCCUCGAGGGCGAUAAGACCAGUGCAGUUUUGCUCUCAAUUGCAAUAAAUUUUCCGUGCAAUCUUUGCAUUCUCGGGUUUGAGUCUUUACCGAAAGCUCCGGAUACAGGGAAAGAUGAGCAGAGCAUCGGAGCUGUGCCUAAUCUGCAGAUCGGGGUACGAGAUAAGACAGUCAGACUUUGGAAGGUACUCCUGUCAUCACUUGCGCUUCGAAGCCUGUUGCAUAUGGGUAGCCACGGUCUCGCCCGUCCAGCAACGGAAAAGCUGGAAACAUUGGAAUCUGGCAACUGGGAGCCACCAGGUAAACUGGAUGCCGCAUCUAAAUCUCAAUCAAAAAGCCUCAAGGUGCCCCUUAGUGGUACUCGUUUUGGGCAGGAUCACUGGAUCCUAUGGCAGAUUGAAAUCGGAUUGGAUGAUGAUAUGGAGGCAUUGCAGCAGACCAUAAAAGUAUGGGAAGUGUGCAAAAAAUCUGAAGUCUCGAAAGUCAUUGAUCGAGUCAUAUGUAUCCAACGAAGCUAUUCGGAUGAGAUUGUCAGUCGCUGCCACCUACACUCUUCUAACCAUGAUGGGAAGCAAAUUCCGGCGCGUUUCGACGACUCUACUCUACCAUGCGGAAAUCCAGCCAAACGAUUACUCGAUCAGGACAUCAGGAUUGUAAAUCAAGAUAUCAUCGACAUGACUAACAAAUUCUACGCUCUGACGGAGCCUGUCAAGCGCUCUAUCCUUUCCAGUGAUCUAUCCGCCGAGUUCCCUUUCGAGAUAUCUAAGGAGGAAGCCCGAGUGAUUAGUCACGUCCAGACAGCGAGCCUCAUCUUAGGCCGCAGCGGAACGGGAAAGACGACGUGCCUAGUGUACAAAUUAGUCACGAAGUAUUUGGUUAGCAAGGCAGUGCUAGAUGAAAAUCCGGUUCGGCAGGUGCUCCUCACACGAUCUAGCUUUCUAGCAGAACAACUAAGAUCCUACGCACGAAACUUGAUGAAGAGCCAGUCCUCCAAGUUUCUCACCUUAGAGUCGUCUCAACAGGACGCACAUCCUGUCUUGAUGAUGGGAGAAGAGGGUUCUGACAGGGAUAGCGUACUAAAUCUGAGAGACGAAUCAUUUCCUCUGGUCUACACAUGGGAUCAUUUUCUACGAGUUCUCGAGAAUACGACGAGGAUAUGGCAUGGUCAGGAUUUUCCCGAGUUGACCGGCCAAAUCGUCGAAUUCUACACCUUCAAAGUGAAAUACUGGCCUCGGUUCUCGCACACCCUCACAAAGGAAGUUUCAGUCAAUCUCGUUUUUGCCGAAAUCAUGGGUGUUAUCAAGGGUUCGGCUUCGUCGGCAGAAACUCUUGCACCUCUCCGGCGUAAAGAAUACUUGACGCGAAGCUGCCGCAUGGCGCCCACCUUUGCAAUGGAAGCCGAGCGAUCUCGUGUAUAUGACCUUUUCGAAUCGUAUGAAGCUUUGAAGGUCCAUAUGGGAGACAUGGACUAUGUUGACCGUGUUGUGAGAAUACUAAGGGCAGUGCGUCAAGAUCCUUCACUGACGAAACAAUUGCGAUCUACAUUCGAGGAAGUCUACAUUGAUGAGAUCCAAGAUCAGCGAUGUCUAGAUAUCGAACUUCUCUUGAGCAUUGUCAAGGACCCACGCGGUUUCCAUUUUGCGGGCGACACCGCGCAGGCCAUAUCUCAAGACUCCACAAUUAGAUUUGCAGACAUCAAAGGAAUGUUUUUCCAGCACUUUGCUGCAGUCAGCACAUCUACAAGACAAAGCGAUCUUGCGCGCCCUGAGCUGUUCACGCUCUCCAAGAACUACCGUUCCCACCAGGGAAUCCUGUCACUCGCUUCAUUUGUGAUGAGGAUGAUAUGGCAAGGCUUUCCGGAAACAGUCGAUAAAUUGGAGCCAGAGAUCGGGAACCUUAGCGGACCGAAACCUGUACUAUUCAUCGGUGUCGACUUCAGUAUCCUCAGUUCGAGUCGUGUUGGUCACACAGCACUUUCGGCAGGGACUGCCGACUUUGGCGCUGAGCAAGCCAUCCUCGUCCGCGACACGAAAAUGAAGACAGCUCUUCAAAACCACAUUGGCGACGUGGCCCUAAUCUUCACAAUUCUUGAGAGCAAGGGAAUGGAAUUUAACGAUGUGAUAACUUGGAACCUGCUCACAGACUGCCCAGAUCAGGCAGGACUGAGGAGCCUGGAGACCUUGAAGAAUGAGCCAGCAAAAUUCGACCCGAAAAAGCAUGGGGGCAUGUGUCCAGAACUAAAAAACCUGUACGUCGCAGUCACGAGAGCUCGUAAUCAGCUUUUCAUGGUUGAGUGUUCCGAAACAACAGCGGCAUCGGUUUUGAAGCUGCUCGCCCAUGAUUCCUCGAAACCGCUUGUUGAAGUGACUCGACCCGGGCAAGAAGACUUCGCGAUGAGACUUGAUUCACUGCGGCCAGAUUCAUCUGUCGAUCCUGUGGGAUGGCGCCGAAGGGGCGAUGAGUGUAUGCGUCAGCAAAUGUACAAACGCGCACUCAUGUGCUUCCGCAAGGCAGGAAAUGAACAUGGAGAGGCAGUUGCACAAGGCUACAUAUCGGAAAAAGACGCAACAUCUUACGAUCCCGACACUGAUCCCGGAGAGUUCACUCGCCAUCUUGGAGUUGCAGUUGAGCAUUUCCUGAAGGCAGGUUUCAUUGAAGAAGCAGCCAGAGUUCUCAUAAAAAUGAAAAAGCUUGAAGAUGCGGCAGAAUUGUGGGCCCAGCACGAUGACCACGGGAAGGCUGCGCGUCUUUAUGCCAAAGCUACUCUCUACAUGAAGGCUUUUGACAGUCAUCACAGCGCUCGGGAGUACAGCGAAGCUGCUGCAAUGCUACGAAAAGAGAGAAAGUACGAUCUAUUGGUUUCCUACCUGGACGAUAACCACGGAAACAUCCCCGCCAACACGUUCCGAGGCCACAGCCUCCUGUGCAAGCUCUUACUCAAGCAGAACAGAAUUUCACCUGAAUACCGCAAACAUGCGAUCAAUGUUCUCGGAUCUUUGGCUGAGCAAGAAGCAUGCUUCAUUGAGUACGGAAUGGACGAACAGCUUGCGAACCUAUAUAUUGGUCAACAGAGGCACAGAGAUCUCUUCCAUCACUAUUCAAGAAAGGGAAAGCUGGAGCGAGCGCUCAAACUUGCAAUAACAGAGAAUCUGUUGCAAUCCACCGCCGAUGGUCUGGAACCCGGGGUGCUAAGGUUGAUAGAUUAUCUCUGGGCCGGUCACCUGGAGAAAUAUUCCCAGCAGCACUCUGCACCGUCUCUGAAGUUGCCGUCAGGGUUUCUCACGCCCAAUGUCGUACUCAGAGCCGAGCAAUGGGAGACCAGUAAUCUCGUCUAUAACGUGGAAGCCUCCAUCGCUCAUCAGCAUGUUGCCAGUAUAGAGAUUACAGUACCAAAACAAGUCUUGUGUCUUCGAAAGAUUCUCGACGCUACAGCCUUCACCCGGAUAGCCAAUCUGGAUGACUUGCCCUUCGAAAUGAUGCAAGAGGCUAUCAAGUUCGCCAGGGAUCUGACUCUCGACAAUAAUAGUGACGCGCUGAAAACAGUGCUGCUUCUUACCGGCCUAUGGAAGCCAAGAAAUGGUCAAGAAGGUUCCAUUACUUUACCGUGGUCGCCCCUCCGAGAGACUUUGACCCUCGUCAGCAACGAUGACCCUACCGAAGUCGCGAAGCAAUGGGUUCUCGACCGCCUGGUGUCAGCAAUCUUAGCGUUAGACGCGAAGGCGAGACAUUUGUGGAAGAAGAAGUGGCCGAAAGGCUGUGUGCAGUUCAUGACAGUAGGAUUCUGCCCUAGAACCCGAAAAGGGGAAAAAUGCGACUGGCCACAUCGAACUGCCAGUGCAGGCGAUUGUUCUGGAAUGCUUGAUGACUUGUUACAGAUGAAUAGUAUCUUCUGCGACUCGGCAGUACUCUACUAUCGUCGAUCCAUGAAUGGGAUAUUUCGAGAAAAGUACAUGGGUAUCAAACGCCAUUGGCUAGAACGACUUCUUCGGGAGCUUACUCAUCUCUCCUCUGUGGAACAAAACACUUCAGCCAUCGUGAGAACGCAGGCGAAGCUCUUUUGUGAUAAGAGAUUCGUUGCUGUAUCUUCUUUUCUCGAAGAGUUGCUCUACUUCCGCCUUGGGAAUGAGUGGAAGCAGAGAAGCGAUUUUACCUCCUUGCUCGAACAGAUGCAGCUUGCCAAAGCUUUUGGCUCAAGUGUGCAAAACCGUCUUUUCCGAGCUCUGUCACACAGACUGCUCAUUGACCAGAGAGAUCUUCUACAACAUCACUUGGUUCUUUGUAACUCACUCAAAGAGAACAUCGGCCGCUGGAACGCUUCAACCUUUCAAAAAAACCUCAUGACCUUCCUUGGCAAUCUUGACAACAUUGAGGUUCCUGCCUUAUCAACCCUCCAUUCAUUGACUUCCGUAUUCGAGUACUUGGCGACUUACCUGAUACUGAAGACGUGCGUCACAGCAUGUGCGAUUCCCAACUCGUGGAUUGACCUGCACGUUGCAUCGAUCAGCAAGACCUUCCAUACGCCCGAGCCGCUGCAAGAGGACGACAAGCACAGAUACCAGCAAUGCCUUAUCCAAUCAACAAAGAGCUUUGGUCUUAUCCUCAGCCGGCUGAAUCAAGCUGCCCCGUCAAAGGAUUUCCUAUUGUGCAGCGGCAACACCCACCAGUCAUUGCUAUUACGGCAACGCAAUGCGGAAUUAGUCGCCAUUGCAGUAGCCAAUUUGGCAGCCACGUCUCGCGAACGGCCGAAUGGUUUCAAUGAUGUAUGGGCCGGAGCUAAAAAGGUCUUUGAAUUUGACUUCAUUAAAGCUUUUCACCUGAGAAGCCGCAACCCUGAUGACCUCACCCAAAAGCUUGUACCUUCAUUCGCAAAAUACAACGGGAAAGACACUCUUGUGGUGGUAACCAAGGAUCGAAAGAAAGUUUCCGUCUUCACCAAUCUUGAGCACCAGCUCGGCGUAAGGACCGUCCCAUUCGAUCAAGUGUGUCCGCGAACACCGUCUCCUGCAGCUACCCACGGUUCCGCCAACACUCCUCCUUCCGCGUGCAUGGAUAAUUCACAGGAGGAGUAUACAUCAGCAGAGAUGGAAGCAAUUAUCAAGACUCAGCGCUUGUGGAGAUCUUGCUCCCGCAAAAUCAAGAACCGCCGCUCUUACAUGCAACUUCCCGAGGCCCGUGCUAUCGCACACUUCAUCUUCCUGGGCGCUGGACUACCGGGCACGCUCACCUUCAUAGAUGGAGUUGCCUUCCGACAUGUACUGAUCUCACGGGGUAUGGCAAUGUCAUUGAGACUGGCGGUAGCGCAUGACACGCUGUCUAAAUUACGGCAAGACGCAAUGACAUGCAUCGAGAAAAUGGAGAUAAAUACUGGGUUAUUCGAAUCUGUUGAUGACGUUUUACAUCAUAGCAGUCAGGUCGAGAUCUUGUUGAGGAAAGCCGACGAGAAGAUGUCCGAUGAGUGCAUAGCGGGAGUGGUGAAGCUCGGUGCACUAUCUGUGUUGGAGAAGGGAAUGAAGGAUAUUGAAGAAAUUGUUGCGGAAGCUGAGCGGGAUAUGUUGGGGACGAGGGACAUGGUAGACAAGGUGUCCUGA